GGCCGGCCCAGAAGGGCAGCCGAGAGUUCAGAAUGCAGGAAGUUUUGAGGCAGCUCGGAGAGUAACGCGGCGGCGGUGACCGCCGCUUCGCGUGCUCUGGGGUUUUGCGCUUUUUCUUUUUUUUUUUUUUUUUUUUUUUUUUUUUUUUUUUUUUUUUUUUUUUUUGCGGGGAUUGUACUUUCCCCACUCCCUCCUGCAUACGACCCCACCCCCCCCCCCCCAAAACCACAAGCAACCCGCGACAAUCAAAAAGUCCGGUUAGGGGGAAGAAAACACGAGCGAGGGAAGCACCCUCGCCGGGAGAGGAGAGCCCGUUUCUUCGCAGAGACACGGUCCCGCUCGCAGCUGGUCCCGAUGCAACUGCUCAUCCUCCUCCUGCUCUACGCCGUCGUCUGUGCGAACUUCUGCAGCCGUCAGGGCACCACCGCCCCUGCCCAGAGCGGAUCUAUAAAAGCCCUGCGGGCUUCCAACAUCAGGCGAGAUGACUUGUACCGAAAAGAAGAGACCAUCAGCGUGGCAGGGAACGGCUGCAUCCACAGUCCUCGCUUCCCCAGCAGCUACCCCAGGAACCUCCUGCUGACGUGGCGGCUCCACUCCCCAGAGAGCACCAGGAUCCAGCUGGCUUUUGAUAAUCAGUUUGGGCUGGAGGAACCUGAAAAUGAGAUCUGCAGGUACGACUUUGUGGAAGUGGAAGAUGUAUCAGAGACCAGCACAGUUAUUCGAGGACGGUGGUGUGGACACAAGGAAGUACCUCCAAGAAUAACAUCAAGAACAAAUCACAUAAAGAUAACCUUCAAAUCUGAUGACUACUUUGUGGCUAAACCAGGAUUCAAGAUAUGUUACUCUCUUGUGUGUAGCUCGAAAGAGGCAGAUUUUGCAAACACUCAGGAAAUGGAUGAUUUCCAGCAUGUAGCCUCAGAAACCAACUGGGAGUCAGUCACAAGCUCUGUCUCAGGGGUAUCCUAUCCCUCUCCAUCAGUGACUGACCCUACGCUCACGGCGGAAGCACUGGAUCAGACCAUUGCCGCAUUUGACACGGUGGAGGAUCUGCUCAAACACUUUAAUCCGGACUCCUGGCAAGAAGAUCUUGAAAAUCUGUACACAGACAGUGGGCAGCAUUAUCGAGGCAGGAGCUACCAUGACAGGAAAUCCAAAGUUGACCUGGACAGGUUGAAUGAUGAUGUGAAGCGUUACAGCUGCACUCCAAGGAACUACUCUGUCAAUUUAAGGGAGGAGCUGAAGCUGACAAAUGUAGUUUUCUUCCCCCGCUGCCUCCUUGUCCAGCGCUGUGGUGGAAACUGUGGCUGUGGGACUCCAAACUGGAAAUCCUGCACCUGCGUGUCAGGGAAAACAGUGAAAAAAUAUCAUGAGGUGCUGAAGUUCAUCCCUGAGGCUGGGCAUACCAGAAGAAGAGGCAGAAUCAGGAACAACAUGUCCUUGGUGGAUAUACAGCUGGAUCACCAUGAGCGUUGUGAUUGUGUCUGCAGUUCAAGACCACCCCGAUAAAGAGGGAAAAACAAAGAAAGAAAAGGAAGAAAACAGACACACUAAUUGCAUCUUACUGGACAUUUCCUUUCAAGCAGGAUUGCUCUGAGGACCUUUACUCACUAAUCAUUUGAAAUUUGCUACUAGCCUGCCUUUGCAAUUAGCAAAAAUCAUUGCUGUGCAGAUUAGUGUCAUGGCAACUAAACAGAUAUAUCAUACAUUUAUAUAUCAGCAUCCAAGAAUUUAGGAUUGUGGUUAUCUGUAGUUAGAUUCUGAGGGUUGAGAUUUUCAAAGCUCAGUUGCAGUCCUUAGGCACACAGUGCCCACUGAAUUUAAAUACCAGGUAUGUAGGUAUUUGUGGUAGCUGGCAAUGAAAUAGCAGUGUGUUUGGUUUUCGCUUACUUGUUCCUACACUCAAAUUCUGCUCCCAUUUCUACCUCCUCAGCUCGCCACAUGGUAAGGUAGGGUUUUAUGGUGGAUAUAAAUGAAGAGAGAAUUUGAGCCUGUAGGGGUGCAGAAGGGUUUUCCCCACUCUCAGAGGGAGCUUCCCAGCAUUCUGGCCCAACAGAGUGAGAUAGAAUGCGUAAAAUCCAUCAUUACAUGAAAUUACACAUCAGGAAAGUCAAAUCUCGCGGUUUGUACUCGAGCAAGUCAUGUGCUGAAUUUAGUAGAUGCUUUGCAUAAGCCAGGACACUGAGGGUGGCAGGAGGUGCAGAGGCUGGUGCUUUUGCUGUGUGGCUCCAUGGCAGCUAUUGCCCAAGUGCUUCUGCAAGAGGGGGCUCCUGCCAGCUCCCCAAACAGAUACCUGUGGGCUGGAACUGAUUCUGGUCACUACCUAUCUGGUCUGGAUUCCUGCCCCUUGCCCCAAGUGGCCCCACAGUUGCCCAAGAGGAGCCCCCUCUACACAAGAAGGGAGAGACAGCCCUCCCCUUGGAUCCUCCUCGCUGCAGUUCGAGGAGGGCCGUGCUUUCCUGUGGAGGAGAUGAAGAUAGGGCACUUGUUUGUUGAAAAUAUUGAUUUGUUUUGCAGUUGUGUUACUGGGAAACAAAGCUGUGUUUGAGAUUUAAUUAUCAUUAUUUGGUUUGGGGUUUCUUAUUUGUUUUUUAACUUUGUCAUAUAUGCAUUAAUCUUAGUUAUCUGAGGUUAGUUGUCUCAUUCCAGCUCUGUGCAUCACCAUGGUUAAAGUGUUGACAGCAAAUUUCAUUUUUUUUAUUGCAUUUCCUGAAGUAUAUUAACUCAUUAAGUAAUGUCUGUCAGUCAUGGAAAAUGUGCAUCAUUUAUUAACUUCCAGAAGGAUAUUACUAAAUACCACCUCAUAAUAAAAUUAGCACUUUAAAAGCUACAGCAUAGCUUCGUAUGCCUUUUAAACAAUUACAAAAGUGCUCUAGCUGAAAAAAGAAAACAAUCCUUCCAAACUAGCUUUAAGGAUUUUCAAGUGCUGCUCCAAAAAUUAAAAAAAAACAGGCAGAUUUAAGUUUUGCAAAGAAUUGGAGUUUUGAUCAUGAAUGUAACAGAGGGAAUAGGGUGGCACAUUUAAUGGCUGAGGUUUUAUGUUUUGUAGUAGAUAUAGGCUGCAUCAAAUCAUUUUGUCUGUGUUGGCUCUUGUCUUUCUGUCUCUCUGAAAGAGUGAAGUAGGUUGAAAAUAAUGCAUUAUAAUUAGUGGAAAAUGGCAUGUGCUAUAAAAUACAAGGCCUUCAGUAUGUUUUAGUACUCCACAGGUUUGUUACAAAAGCACCCUAAUGUUAUAAUUUUCCCUCUUCAUCAGCUCAAGUGUUUUGUAAGUGCUUUUUUAUAAUUUUAGCAAAAUUUUGCUGAAAGAUCCCUUAGAAAUGUUGUAUUACUUUCUUUCCUGUACUUUAACCUUGGAGAUUCAGAAAGUGUGGGGCUUUUAUUAUUUAUAUUAAUUUUUCCUCUCUGGCUCCCAGAUGUCUGUUUAAAAAUGCUCCUGAAUGCUUACUUGGGAAGUGAUUCAUCAUUUUUCAAAGCAAUUCACAUUUAAAGAACAGCCCUGUAACCAGAGAUUACCACCUUCAUUUUGUAGUUCAGGACUAUUUAAAGAACAUUUCAUUCUUUUUCUGUCGCUAGCUUAAUAGCAAGAUUGACCCAGCCCUUCCAUGCGUUUUACCUAAAUUUGGAACAAAUCUGCAUGCAAGACCUUGGCAGUACGGGUUGUUUUUGAGGCACCGCACUCCUCUUUGUACCUCUGACUGAAUCCUGCCUAAGCACUCUGAUUUCAUAGUUACCACUGGUUGCAGGAUACACAAGUUUUGCAAGGCUUUGUGCCCUGAGUGGUCCUUUAAUUCCGAGUGAAACAGGGCAGCAGGCGGUGCUGCACCGCUGUGCGCCACGCAGCGCUGCCUGCUCGCCCAGUCCCACCCCAAGAGCCACGAGUCGUGAGGGGUGCUUGUGCCUCCUGAUCGGGGGGAUUCAGCCUUGUCUGGGAGCCCGAGUUACCCCUAGAGGCAACUGGGAGAGGUCCUCCCACAGUGUGCCUUAGUCCAGUCCUUUCUCUGCUUUGACUAUAUAGAAAGAUUAGAAAUUUCAUUUGGACAUCUAAGUGGGAUACACAGAGGUAGAUAGUACAAAUACUCCUUUUAAAGACUGAACAGCUGAGGAUUUAGCUGAGUUAGAUAAAGGCAGCUGUGGAUGCCAGGAUCCAACAGAAAAAGUCAGAUGCAAAGUAAAAAAAAAAAAAAAAAAUCCUCUUGCUUAAUGAUGGGUUUACCUUCUUAAAUAUAAGCUAAGCUUGUCAUAAGGUUUAAAGUAUUACUAGUGGGACAUUUACUAGUUAAUGAAACCAUUCACUGCUUCCUGCUGCCAUACAGACACCAUGCUCCCAGCCAGUGCAGGAGAGUCAAGGAUGGGCUUCGUGUGGCAGUGUGGGGAUGAUAACAUACAUAUGAACUAAGAAAAACUCCCCAAAAUGCAAGCCCCAAGAUGCAGUGACCCUGGUGAACCCAAAUAUCAGCAAAAUUUUUCCAUUUAUUUAUUAGCAGAAAUUGCAAAGAUGUAUCUCUAUCCUUUUUUUUCCUCUUCUGUUUUUGUAUAAUUAUAUUGUUUACAUAUUAUUUUUACUUACAGAGCAAAGCUGUUAAAAAAAUUAUCUGUUUCAGUUUUAUUGGUGGAAUUUGAAUCCCCCCAAAUAAAUACAUUUUCAGAGGCAAUUCAGAAAGAGUCCUAAUUUCAAAUCACUCAUCAGCCUUUUAUUUACUACAUUCUUCUGGGAUAGAGCCUACUUUCUCAAGUGCAAUCUAUGUAUUUUUAUUUUUUUUUAAUCUCAGUUAAAUGCCGCUUUCCUAGCAGUACUUUUUAUUUUAUGCAGUGUGUAAUGUGUCUUACCUUGAUGAAAAAAUAAAUACUGCUUUUGAAAGAA